AUGGAGAAGUCUUGGGGAAGCAUCAAUGCCUCUGAACGGGGCUGGUAUGUCACUGCGCGGCAGGAUCAGGGAGAGGAGACGGAGGAGCAGGAGGAGAAAGAGUCGAGUCCUUUGCUCCGCAGCGGACUUCAGAAUCAUGAAUCCCCAGGCAUUUCUUUUAGUUUUGCAGUGUUUAAUUUAAUGAAUGCCAUUACUGGAAGUAGCAUCCUUGGUUUGGCCUACAUUAUGGCCAAUACAGGUAUUAUUAUGUUUAGUAUCAUGCUACUGAUAGUUGCUAUCUUGGCUUCUUCCUCGGUUCAUCUUCUCCUUACUAUGUGUAUUCAGACAGCUGUUACGUCUUAUGAAGACCUUGGUCUUUUUGCAUUUGGAUCAUUUGGGAAGGUGGCUGUGGCAAGUACAAUAAUCAUCCAGAAUAUUGGAGCUAUGUCAACUUACCUUUUUGUUAUUAAAGCUGAACUUCCUGGUGCAAUUUCACAAUUUCUAUCUGACUGCAGUGGGUCUUGGUAUCUUGAUGGAAGAAUACUGCUGAUGAUCAUAUCUGUCUGCAUUGUUUUCCCCCUUGCACUUCUUCCCAAAUUAGGCUUUCUUGGCUACACAAGUAGUUUAUCAUUUUUCUUUAAGGCGUUCUUUGCUCUUGUGGUUAUAAUUAAAAAAUGGUCCAUCUCUUGUCCACUACAACUCACUCACAGAGAGGAAUCCCUCCAGAUUUCAAAUAUCACAGAGGAUUGUAAGCCAGAGCUUUUUCACUUCUCCAGAGAGAAUGCUUAUGCCAUCCCAACUAUGGCAUUUUCAUUUCUCUGCCAUACUUCAAUAUUGCCCUUGUACUGUGAACUUCGAAGACCUUCCAAGAGCCGAAUGCAGAAUGUAACCAACACAGCAAUUACUUUAAGUUUUCUCAUUUAUUUUUUAUCAGCAUUAUUUGGAUACCUCACUUUUUAUGAAAAAGUGGAGUCCGAAAUACUACAGAGUUAUAGCAAAUACUUGCCACAUGAUGUUGUUAUCAUGACUGUGAAGUUAUGCAUACUGUUUGCUGUGCUCCUGACAGUCCCUCUAAUCCAUUUCCCUGCAAGAAAGGCAUUAACAAUGAUGUUUUUCCCCAAUCUCCCAUUCUCAUGGAUUCGUCAUUUUUUGGUCACUCUAGCACUCAAUACUAUCAUUGUUUUGCUUGCACUAUAUGUUCCUGACAUUAAACAUGUAUUUGGGAUAGUAGGUGCCAGUACAUCAACAUGUUUGCUUUUUGUGUACCCAGGAUUAUUUUAUAUUAAACUCAGUAGAGAGGAUUUCAUAUCACAGAAGAAGCUUGGGGCUUGUGUAUUGCUUCUCUUUGGAAUUAUUGUUGGGAGUUUGAGUUUUGCACUAAUCAUUUUCGAAUGGAUUAGUUAAGAAAAGAAUCAUUUUCCCUUACUCCCACAAAACAGUUAAUAGAUUGGUUUCCAGCAAAACAUGUGUAUUGUCACAGAGCUUAGUUGAUUAUGGAGUAUGGAAGACAUAUUAUUGCAAUUGUCCAGUUGUUUAAUCAUGUCCAACAAAGUUCAUGGAGUUUUCUUGGCAGUGAUACUGGAGUGGUUUGCCAUUUAUUUCCCAAGUGUGUCCCCAUU